UUGAAUUUGACGCAUUCGAUAACACGUUUUCUUCUGUUUCGUUUUUGUGUUAACUGUUCAUAUCGAGAUUUUAUUCGAUUUACAGCUACUUUCACAUUCGUUUUGUGUUUUUUAAUUAAGAUUUAAUUACUGAGUGUUACUAGAGUGAAAUGGAUCCAUUAGAGCGGGACAUGGACGAUUCAUUUGCUGGAAUUCCUGCAGAAGGAUUGUUCCAAACAAUUCUAUCGGAAGUUGAACGACUGCAACUUGAACAUUUCAAUAAUACUACUGUCACCUUCGAUAGUCUCCUUCUGAAUCACAGUAGAUGUGAUAGUGUAUAUCUGGACGAAAUGUUAACCGAGUUCGGAUCGGAAUUUCCAGCAGUUGAAUCAGACGCUGGACUCUACGACAGAGCUCCAAGUGAUUGUGGCAUCCGACUACCGAAAACUAAUCAUAACAAAGUGAUACGUAGCCACAUUAGCAACUUCGUCGAAGAAAACUGCGAAGAAAUCAGUCCGAUCAAAAACGGCUGUGGUUGUGAGAUACAGACAAAUUCGACGGUAUCAGGUGGAGAGUUUAUGACUAUAAUAAGUCAAUUGAAACAGCAGCAGGACAUGAUUCUAGAAUUGCUAAAGAAUAACUUGGCUGUGAACAGUCACACGAAGCAGCAAGAUGAAAUGAUAUUACAAUUGCGACAGCAGUUGAACACCUUAACCGAGCUUCACCAGACGAGUCGGAUAGACGAAAGCCUGCAGAACACACAAGUUGAUCAAGAACCAGCAGCUGAACCUAGUGACGGAACGCAGUUCAAUGAAAUCAAUGAAAUUGUCACUAACACAACGAAUGAACUAUCGCCACUAAGUGACUCUGGUCGAAUGGAACAACUUCAAGAAAUCGAGGGUGUGCAGUCGCCUACAGCGGACAUAACGCAAUCGAUCGACGAUGCCUCAGAAUUAGGGCGGCCAGAACACCCAAUGCCGUUAUAUCAAGAAGAUAAUUUGAACCAAUCAGAACGCUCAUUGAGGAUUAAACAGGUUCGCUCCAUCCGGAUUAGGAAAGCUUAUGGGAAACAUAGUACGUGUAAUUUAGGCAGCACCGAGACAUCUGCUGAAAACCCACGAAACUCUCGUAAAAGAUCGAAAAUUUAUACCUGUGGAGAGUGUAAAAAGCAAUUCAAUAGGAAGAGCAAUUUUACCGUUCAUUUGAGGAUCCAUAGUGGUGAGAAGCCAUUUCAGUGUGAGGAGAGCAGUGCCGCUUUCAAUCGAUCAGACAAUUUGAGAACACAUCAACGGACUCACUCUGGUGAGAAGCCCUACCAGUGUAAGGAGUGUAAUUCUGCUUUCAAUCGAUUAGGCAAUUUGAGAACACAUCAACGGACUCACUCUGGUGAGAAGCCCUACCAGUGUAAGGAGUGUAAUUCUGCUUUCAAUCGAUCAAACAAUUUGAGAACACAUCAACGGAUUCAUUCCGGUGAGAAGCCCUACCAGUGUAAGGAGUGUAAUUCUGCUUUCAGUCAAUCAAGCAGUUUGAGAACACAUCAACGGAUUCAUUCCGGUGAGAAGCCCUACCAGUGUAAGGAGUGUAAUUCUGCUUUCAAUCAAUCAGAGCAUUUGAGAAGACAUCAACGGAUGCACUCUGGUGAAAAACCUUGCAAAUGUAAGGAGUGUGGUAUUGCGUUCAAACAUUCUAGGUCUCUGAAAAGACAUCAAAGGAUUCAUUCUGGUGAGGGGCCGUUCAUGUGUGGUAUUUGCAAGAAGUCGUUCCAACAAAAAAAUUCUUUGUCGUUUCACAUGGAUGUUCACAGCGCAGGUGAAAAGUCUCACAAAUGAAAAAGAAUUCAAAUCAAAGGUCUCACUUAAUACACCAUCUCAAAAUCCAUAAAUCU